AUGGACGUGUGGUCUUUACCUGAAAGUGAAGAGGAAGCAGUAAAGCUUCUCCAGGAACAUGGCAUUUUACACACCCAAAGAACCUGCAAAAAUGGUCAUGAUGCAAAAUUAUAUUUCGGAAAAUUGAUAUUUUGGAAAUGUAACAUUAAAAGUUGCCAAAAAAAGGUAAGUGUUCGAAAUAACACUGGGUUUGAACGGAGUCGACUUCCAUUUGUUACGGUUAUUCGGUUUAUUUUUGCUUGGACUGAAGAGUCCACUUAUAUAAAAUGGUGCGAACGAAAUUUAAAAAUAAACAAAAAUACUGUAAUAGAUUGGAACACCUAUUUGCGGGAAGUUUUUGUUCUUAGUAUUGAGGGCAGAAACCAAGGGCAAAUUGGAGGACGCGGUAAAAUUGUUGAAAUAGACGAAAGCUUAUUUUCUAAGCGCAAAAAUAAUGCAGGCAAAAUACUUUCGCAACAAUGGAUUUUUGGAGGACUAUGUCGGGAAUCUAAGGAAUGUUUUUUGGUCCAGAUUCCUGAUCGAACUAUGUCUACUCUCUUAAAUGCAAUAUUAUUAAAUAUUAAAAAGAAAACAACAAUUUAUUCCGAUUGUUGGCGGGGAUACAACUCUAGUGAACUUGAAAAAGCUGGUUAUAAACAUUUGACAGUAAACUGA